AUGUUUUCCCAGGGUACCCUUUUCGGGCGCCCCUGAACGUAUCACAAAUGUUGUUCCUUCACAUUUAACUACAACUGGACGCGUAGUUUCCAUAAUUGGACUAAAAACUGACUUAAAACCAUGACGCUGUUCGCCCUCAUAGCGUUGCUCAGCCUGCUGAACACAAUCCUGCCAGACUUCAUUCGGAACUACCUCAAAGUAUCCCGUCUGUGGGGCUCCAAGAACUCCAAGGAAAUCCAAAGGCUACAGGCGGAGGUGACCACCGCCCGGGAGCAGGUGGAGGUGGUGCGAAACGCGGAGCACUCCGGGGAGUAUGCCAGAACCAUCAAAAUUAUGCGCGCCGAGCGCAAAGUGCAAGAGGCGGAGGCCAAUCUAAAGUCCGCUCGCGGUAUGGAGAACCUCCUAAAAAUGGGCAUCGAUACCACAGCGUUCUACGUCUCCAAAGUUCUUCUCUUCAUCAUCACGUUCAUAGUCAGUGUCCGGAAUCGCGGCACGCCCGUUAUGAUCAUUGACGAGGCCAUCAGCUUGGCCCCGUUCACCGGACUACUAAGUUUCCCCACCGGCGUGGCCAAUGCGAUAUCCGUGCCGGCCUGGGCGUUUUCCUGCAAUCUUACUUUCCGUCUCAUUUAUGGUUUCAUCGAAAAACGAAAGGCGUGAGAAAUAUCAGUGCAAUAUGUUCUUGCUUAGGCUUCAGCACGCAUUAUCAAUAUUAAAUGCAAUGUCCCAUAAUAUUUAUUAUUGUAAGCGCAAAUCACACGAAUAAAUGUAUUUUUGGAAAAUA